CCCAGUUUGUCAUCUUCCCCUCAGCAAUUUCCGCAUGCUCACAUGCCAGAUCAUCUAUCUGUACACACACGCCCGUCAAUUUCCAGAUGAUGCCGUGCUAACGAGGAAUGCAUUGUUAUGUUAUAAUCCUCCGCUGCCUCUGCGUAGAUACACGCCGGAUGAGAUCGUUUGCAGUAGUAAUGGGUACCGGGGGGAGGCAUGGUUUUCGGCCAUCACCGCCCUGGCACCCGACGGCAAGGGCAGUGUGUACGUCGCGGAAGCCGAGCAAAUCCGCAAAGUGGACAUCCUAAGCGGCCAGGUGACAACCCUGCCCGGCUCCGUGCCGCGAACUGGCUCGUGGACUGGGCUGUCCUAUGAUGAUGAUGAUGAUGUGCUGUUUGCCACGACGGCCAGGGCGAUCUGCCGCAUUGAUGUGAUCACCUUGACUACAACUGCUGCCUCGGCGCAUGUGUCUGGCGCCAAUGGAGGAGAGCGCACCACCCCAAUGGACACAGCUGUCAGUGAGCUUGAAGCGAAUGUGAACCUUGUAGCUGGCGACUGGCAGGCGGCCGGCAACACGGAUGGUCCCGGAACUAAAGCACGCUUUACCCACAUCACUGCCAUCCUGGCUGGCGUACAUCGGCAGCUGUACAUACUAGAUCAUGACAAGUUCCGCAUCAUGAGUGUUAAUGGCUACGUCAAUACGGCACUUACUGGGCUCACAAUAUACCAGUGCUCUAUUGCUGCCUUGCCCAGUGGCGAGCUGGCUGUGGGCAUUAAGGACCCCCGCGACUCCCCACUAAGGAUUGUCCGAGGGCCCCAGCUGGGGCCCAGCAGCCCCACGUCAGGCGGCAUCAAGGCUAGCCACUCUGUGCCUACGCAAAGGCCGUCUGCUGCCCUCUCGAAGCUGCACCGGACACUCCUGCUGUGUGCAGCAGGGGCGGAUGAAAACCCAGCCACCGUCAAUAUACAUACACGUGAUGGCACUGUCUUCGUGGCACAUCGUUCGGCCCUUGUGAGUCACAGUCAGUACUUCGAGAAGCUGCUGGUGCCGGGAGGCGGCUUCGCAGACAGUGGUGCUGAGGAUGUUAAGUUGCCCGAUGCCGACCCGGCUGCAUUCCAGUGGCUGCUGGCCUACAUGUACACGGGGGAGCUGUACAUGCCAGACGAGCUGCUGCGGCCUGCCGUACUUCUCGCGGAUCGGCUUUUGAUGCCACAAGAUUGCGUGGGGCAGCUGCAGAAGUGGCUGCUGGCGAAGGUGACCCCCCAGUCGGUGCUUUCGGAUCUUCUCUGGGCGGAGCAGCACGGCAUGACUUCAUUGGUGCCACAGCUCAAGCUGCGGCUGCUGCGGCAGAGGAAGAGCGUGGUGUUGGGGGAAGAAGAUCUGCGACAGCUGAUAGUCCGCCGUCCAUGCCUAGCGGCUGACCUGAUUCGGGAGCUGGUUGUGAUGCCCUGACAUGCUGUGGCAUGAUGGACAGCGAGGUAGGAUUAGCCGGCACAGCAUCCUCAUACCAUAAGAUCUCACAGGCUCAUAUACAGCAUGCUAUGAGGACUUCUGCUUGGUGUGUGUGUGUGUGUCUGGGAAGGUGAGCACCGGGUGAGGCGAACGGCUCCAAACGACCACGAAUUCCUGUGUGCUAAGCUCUGCUGUUACUUAAUUAAGCCACGUUGAAGGUAAGGGUUAGCAUUAGCAAGCAAGCACUGGUAUGGUUAUCAGUGGUAUGGUCCAUGUCGCUCGUGGUUGUUGCGACCCAAU